AUGAUUUGUACACGAAGUCUACCUAUGAUUGGUUUCUCCGCUUACAUAUUUCCAAUCACUUCCGGCACACGACUUUUCUUCUUCCUUUUGAGGUUUGAUUUCUUUUCUUCUCUUUCCUUAUCGGUUUUUUUUACCCUUCAUUUUUCAUUUCCUUUUCUUUCUUUUUUUACUCUUAUUAGUUUUCUAUUCUCCUUUUCAACUUUCGUCUUCUUCAUUUUAAUUUUUUACACUUGUUUUCUUUCUUUAAUUAAUUUUUUCUUCAUUUUCUUUAUCAGACUUUUUUUUCUUCUCUCUCUUUCAUUUACUUGUUUUUCAUUCUUCUACUUUGGAUUUUCUACGGGAAUUUUAUUCAUCCCCCCACCCCUCCUCCUCCUCCUCCUCCUCCUCCUCCUCCUUCUUCUUCUUUUUCUUCUUCUUCUAGCUUCAUAUGAUUCUCUUUUAUUCUUUUUCACUUUCUCCUUUCUUCUUCUUUUUCACUCUUUCUUUUUUCUGCCACAUCCUUCUUUUUUUUCUAUUUUUAUACUCAUUUUUUUCUUUUGCAAUGACACGCUUCCACUAUUCCAUAUCUAUCUAUAUAUCUAUCUAUCUAUCUAUCUAUCUAUCUAUCUAUCUCAUUUCUUUCAUAUCUAUCUCUCUUUCUAUCUAUUACAUUUCUUUCAUAUCUAUAUAAGGAUUUUCAUAUCUAUCUAUUUAUCUAAGGGUUUUCUUACCUAUCUAUCUAAAUUCAUUCAUAUCUAUCUCAGUUCAUUCAUAUCUAUAUAUCCAUCUCAGUUCAUUCAUAUCCAUCUGUCUCAAUCCAUUCAUCUAUCAUCUAUCUAUCCAUCUAUUAGAUUUCGUUUAUAUCUAUCUAUCUAUCUAUCUAUCUAUCUAUCUAUCUAUCUAUCACAUUUCUUUCAUGUCAAUCUAUCGACCACAUUUCUUCCAUUAUCUAUUUAUCUAUUUUAUUUCCUUUAUAUCUAUCUAUCUAUCUAUCUAUCUCCUCUCCUUUCUUCUUUUUACCUUUCUUUUUUUUCCAUUUUUUAA